AUGCCGUCCCUCGAGGCUUCCCUCUCCCUGCUUGGCUCACAGCAGCCGUCCCUCGCGCCCUUAGCCCCGCGCGUCUCGCACCUUUCGUCUAAUUUCCUCGCCGGACUUCGCCUCGGCGGUGCGGGCAAUCUCCCGUUGAACAGGGCGGCAAUCCCAAGUGCCACGCGGGGUGCUCGUCGCGGUGCCGUGCGAGCAGCGGUCACGGAUAGGGUUCCAUCGGGGGGACUGGAUGACGCCUACAAUAGCGACGACGCCGGGUACGCCAGCAGCGGCGCCGCGAAUGGCAGCUACACGAGAAACGGCAGAGGAACCGCGAGCAGCGGCAGCAGCAGCGCGAGCGCUUCGGGCGGAGCGCGCAUGGUGCCGAUCGACGUGGCGCUUGAGAGGAUAAGAGGAGCCAAGGGGGAAGCCGCUGCGCGGGCUCGAAGCGGCGACGGCGGAACUAGCGUCUACUACGAGUCGGAUGCGACCGGGUUCGGCGUCGCGAGAGGCGGGACUAUGGAAAUUGUAGGCGGUUCUCUCGCCGGCGUGCCGACGGUAGGCCCGACGCUGGCGCAGCUGGGCGCGGCGGCGGGGGAGGGCGGCGUGCGCCAAUUGCCGUCCGACGAGACGUUCCGGUGGUCGCGCGAGGACUACAACGUGCUGCAGCGCACCGUCGACGUGUGGUCCGCCGUGCUCACGCUGCGCGCGCGCCUCGCGCUCGUGGACGCCAAGUGGUCGUACGUGGGCGGCUUCUCCGAGGACAAGCAGCGGCUGCGGCGGCGGCGGCUGGCGGCGUGGGUGCGCGAGACGAUACUGCAGCUGGGGCCGACGUUCAUCAAGCUGGGGCAGCUCUUCUCCACGCGCUCCGACCUGCUGCCCGCCGAGUUCGUCGAAGAGCUCUCCAAACUGCAGGACCGCGUACCCGCGUUCUCCGGGGACAAGGCGCGCGCAGCGAUAGAGGCGGAGCUGGGGCAGCCGCUGGGGGAGCUGUUCCGCGAGUUCGAGGAGACGCCCAUCGCGGCGGCGUCGCUGGGGCAGGUGCACCGCGCGGUGCUGCACUCGGGCGAGGUGGUCGUGGUCAAGGUGCAGCGCCCCGCGCUCAAACAGCUCUUUGACAUCGACCUCGAGAACAUGCGGUUGGUGUGUGAGUACUUUCAGAACAGUGAGAACCUGGGAGGGCCCACCAGGGACUGGGUCGGCAUCUACGAGGAGUGCUGCACCGUGCUAUACCAGGAGAUAGACUACCUGAACGAGGGGCGCAACGCGGACCGCUUCCGGAGGGACUUCCGGCGGUACGCGUGGGUGCUGGUGCCGGAGGUGUUCUGGGACUACAGCACGCGCAACGUGCUCACGCUCUCCUACCUGCCCGGCAUCAAGAUCUCCGACAUCACACGCCUGGACGAGGCGGGGGUCAACCGCCCUCUUGUGGCGCAGCGAGCCAUCGAGGGGUAUCUCAUUCAGAUCCUGCGCACGGGGUUCUUCCACGCGGACCCACACCCCGGCAACCUGGCGGUGGUGGCGGGGGAUCGCCUGGUUUACUACGACUUUGGCAUGAUGGGGGAGAUCCCCGCGUUCACCAAGGACCGCCUCACCGCCAUGUUCUACGCCGUGUACGAGAAGGACGCCAAGAAGGUCAUGCACUCGCUCGUCGACCUUGGCGCGCUCGUGCCCACUGGAGACCUCAACUCGGUGCGGCGCUCCAUCCAGUACUUCCUCAACAACCUUACAGGGCCCAAGUUCGAGCGGGACGCCACCAUCUCUGCCAUUGGCGAGGACCUGUUUGCGAUCGCAGUGGACCAGCCGUUCCGCUUCCCCGCCACCUUCACCUUUGUGCUGCGCGCCUUCUCCACCCUCGAAGGGGUGGGAGCGUACUUGGACCCCAACUUCUCCUUCGCUAGGAUCGCUGCACCCUACGCCCAGGAGCUGUUGGACCUUCGGGAUGCACAGAGAGGGCAGGACUACGUGGUGCAGCAACUCACCAAGCAGGCCACUGAGGUGACGGACGCCACGGUAUCGAUGCCGAUAAGAGUGCAGCGCAUGGACGACCUGCUGCAGCAGAUAGAGAACGGUGACCUCAAGCUGCGCGUGCGCGUGCUCGAGGCGGAGAGGGCGGCAAGGCGAGCAGGCAUAAUGCAGGUGGCGACGAUAAACACGGUGGCGGCAGCAGCGCUGCUCAACAUGGGUGUUUCCCUCACCACCGCUGCCAUUGACGGCCCCGCCACCGCCUGCUUCUGCUUCGCAGGCGCGUUUGGCGUGGGAGCGCUGUGGAGCUUGAAGCGCAUCCAGCGGCUAGACAAGUUUGAGAAGAUGAUUUGA